GCACGCAGCACGCACGCGCGCGCGCCCCCGUAGCGGUUCCGGGUCGCGGGGGCCGGGGACGCCGGCGGCGCCAUGCGGUUCCGGUUCUGCGGGGACCUGGACUGUCCCGACUGGGUCCUGGCCGAGAUCAGCACCUUGGCCAAAAUCUCCUCAGUGAAGCUGAAGCUCAUCUGCGCCCAGGUGCUCAAGGACCUGCUGGGGGAGGCCAUCGAUUAUGAAAAGAUCCUGAAGCUGACAUCAGAUGCCAAGUUAGAGUCUGGGGAUGUGAAAGCCACGAUUGCUGUCCUCAGCUUCAUCCUCUCCAGCGCAGCCAAGCACAACGUGGACAGCGAGUCCCUGUCCAGCGAGCUGCAGCAGCUGGGGCUACCCAAAGAACAUGCCACAGGGCUGUGCCGAUCCUACGAGGAGAAGCAGAGUCCUCUCCAAGACAGCCUCAGGGCUUGCAGCCUGAGAUUGAGCCAGCUGGACUCAGUUUCCUGGAGGGUGGAUUACACUCUCAGCUCCAGCGAGCUACAGGAGGUCAACGAACCCCUCGUACACCUGAUGUUCGCUGUGCGGGACAGGGACAGUGGGGAGACGGAGACCGUCCCCAUGGCCGUGUCAGCAGACAAGUUCCGGGUCCUGCUGGCAGAGCUGAAGCAGGCCCAGGCCCUGAUGAAAACCCUCCUCUGAGGAGCAGCAAGAAGGAGCAAUCACAGGAGCUACCCACCAGCGGAUUUCAUGGCAGGACUCUGCACCGUCUUGGCCCUGGGUACUGCCCAAGUGGAGACGAGGAAGAUGACCCUGAUUCUCUUCUGCCUGCAGGCUGGUGCUGGGGGCAGUGCUCCCUGCUGCUGCUUCCCUCCUUCCUUCCUCAAAGCACUCUCUAGCCACCCUCCCGCCAUGCUCCAGGCCCGUCCGAGGCUGAAACCGUCUUCCCCUGAGCGGGAACACCACAGAGCGGCUGGGCUAAACGCAUUGGCAGUUGAUGCCCUGCGGGCGCUCCUUGCCUAGCCUGCCUUGCUGCAGGCAGCUCUGUUCCCAGAGAGCCUGCAGAAGCUGAUGGCCCCUCCGCUCUUUGCUGUAAAACCGCCCUGCGUGUCUCCGGUAGGGCACGCGGGUGGCCUUGUCCUGCCCGUGUCGUGGUGAGCACCGGUCCCCUGGGCUCCAGCGGCCUCACACCCUCUCGGCCACUGCCGGACGUGACUCUGUUGUUCCCUUGCGAGGGCUCGGGCAGCCCAGGUGCUUUUGUCCCGCUCAGCUGCUCCCCAGUGCUGCUUUGAGGUCCCUUUGUGGAGAUCCCUCCUCUCCUUGGCCUGUUGCCUGCCUGGCAGGGAUCCCCCUGCAGGAGGAUCCCUCCUUCCGUGCCGCGUCGGCCUUCAGAUCCGGGGCGGGGAGGGGCCAGCUUUUUGGCGAGACUCCUCUCACCUGAAAGGACCCCAAUAAAGGCGGCGGGGAGAGCGGA